AUGCAGAAUGCGAAUAGCUCUCCCAAGCUUCAGGAAACUAGUAUCCUGCAGUCGUGCAGCAGAGCAAUAAGCUGCCAUGGGCGACGGCAGCUGUGGAGGACGGCUUUGGAGGCAUUCUGGCAGUUGCAGACAAUGCAGCUCCGGAUAGAUACAGUUGCACAUGGAGCCAUUGUAAACGCAUGCGGACGGAGCGCAGCAUGGCAUCAUGGGUGGCAAUUGCUGUCAGAGGUUCGAUUUCACGGCCUGCAAGAGAACAUAAUCGUGUUCAACGGUGCAAUAACUGCGGCAGGGAAGACAUGGCGCCAGUCACUGCGUCUGCUAACAGGUAUAGGCUGCAAGAAGGUGCGGGUUGAUAUAGUGACCAUCAGCACCACGGUCAGUUCCUGCGGAGGAAGUCAUCACUGGCUGCAAGGGCUGAUUCUAUUCCAAGCUCUUCGGAAGCUGUCCGUUCAGGGAGACAUCGUUGCUGGCAACGCUGUUCUGAACACUCUGGAUCAGUCCAUGCGGUGGCAACAAUGUGCGCAUUCUUUCGCGCAGCUCAGGGCUACUGCCUUGCAGCCUAGUUCCAUCUCCCUGAACUCAUUGAUCAGUGCAUCCAGCACUGAAGGCCGUUGGCAAUUCGCUUCUUACUGCUUCACACAGGCACCCUCUCUUGCACUGCAGCAGGAUGCCUUCAGCCAAAGCUCGCUUGUGAGAGCUUGUGAGCUUGCUGAAGAGUGGCAAGUUGCACUUUGGUGCGUGGGCUGUUCUUCAAGCUGGAGCCUGGUACUCUGCAAUGCUGCUGUCAGCACCUGUGAGAAAUCCAGCCGAUGGGAGGUUGCAGCACGACUGCUCAAACAGUUCAGGCACGCGAGACAAAGGCCAGAUUCUGUGACACACAACGCAGAGCUCUGCUCCUACGGUCGGGGCUCCAAGUGGCAGAAGGCUUUUUCGGCUCUUUGCGGGCUGAAAUCCAUGACCGUGCAGGCAAACGCCAUUGGCCACAACACUGCUCUCUUUGCGUCCGUCGAAGCCAAGCAGUGGAGAUCUGCAAUUCGGAUCCUCGAAGCCUUAAAGAGGUCAUGUUUGCAAGCCGACGAAAUCUCGCUGAACACAGGCCUAA